AUGGCUACUUCAACUGAAACAGAAGAGUAUGUGCUGUUGAAACUUCUGGUAAACGAAGAAACUAACAAAGUUGUAUUCGCUGAAGCUGGGAAGGAUUUUGUGGACAUUCUCUGUAGCUUCUUAACAUUACCAUUAGGAACCAUCGCAAAACUUUCGCAGAAGGAUUCUAACAUGGGGCCAGUAACCAUCAAUUGUCUCAACACGCUCUAUCAAAGUGUUUCAGAUCUUGACGAGUGUCUAUGCUCGGAGACAAACAAUGAAUUGUUGUUGUAUCCCAGGAACUCGUCAGAAGAUUACUGCAGCACUCUUAAAAUUAACAUUGAUGAUCUUGAGUAUACCGAGUACUUCAUGUGUGAUAACAAAUAUUGUGGUAGUGACAGCAAUGAUUAUGGUUAUUCUUUUGCCUCUUAUUAUUUGAGCACGUCCAGACAUCAUAAAGCCGCGUGUUGUGGGAAGAGUUAUAACCGUUCUGUUUUCCUGAAACCAUACAAUAAAGGAUUUGUUAACAGUGUUGCUACUUUUGUUAUUACUGAUGACUUGGUUAUUAUGCCAAACUCCAUGGUUCAUAACAGCUUUUCUCUUCUUCAGAAUUCUGGAAUGAUCGCAACUUCUGCAAAAGAAAUGACCGUACAUGUUACUGAGGAAAAGGUACUUGAUCUUCUAAAGUGUGCCAUGGUUUCUAAAUCACCUCUGACAGAUGUUUUUCUAGGAAAGAAACCGUCCAUCCAGAGUUUUUGGUUUUACUGUUGUGAUCUUGAAAACAGUGACAAUAUUCAAUUCACCCUUCAGCUAGUUAUUAGAAAAUCAGAUAGGAAGGUAUUGUUUGCUUAUGGGGAGCAUGACUUUGCAGAUUUACUAUUAAGUUUUCUUACUUUUCCUUUGGGAGGUGUUGCCAGUAGGUUAGGACGAUAUGAUUCUAUAGGCAGUAUUGGUCGAUUAUACAGAAGCAUAGUUGAAUUAGAUGAAAACAAAUAUUUUAUGUCAAAAGAAGCGAAGAACAGGGUCGUUGAUCCUCACUUGGACAAGGAGACGGAGUUCAAAUCAAACACAGAGAUAUUACAGAAAGACAAGUCAAGUGAUUACUACUUUUGUUAUUAUCAAGGUGAAAGUUACAAACAAAGUAUUAUUAAUGAUCAAUUUUUCAUAAGCAAUGAAUAUAGGAGUGAUAAUAAAAAAUGUAUAACAAUGAAACUUGUUAACGCCCGGAAAGGCUCGGCAAGUAAGGAUCAAGGUUAUGUGAAAGGACCAAGAACAUAUCUAGUUACAGAUGACUUGGUUAUUGGACCUUCAUCUCCAAUUUCAGGUCAAUUAGUAAUCAAUCGUUUGCAGAUUCCUCCUGAUGACCUGAAGGAAAAAGUUGUCAUGAUUGGUAUCAAAGAGUGUGUGAACAUAUUGAAAGCUGCUUUGAUAUCAACAUCAGCUCUAACAAAUGGUCUCAGUCACUUGUUAACUGAAGCUAAGUAG